AUGUCGAACGACGACGGCGGCGGCAUCGGCGAGAUUCCACCGCCACCAACGAUGCCGAGCGAUUCGGGCGCGCCGCCACAAUUGCCGACGACGGCUGAGCAGGCCACCACCGGCGGCAAGGCCGAAGGAAGCGCGGCGUUUUUGCGCGCCGCUCGCGCCGGCGAUCUCGAGAAAGUCCUCGAGCUUCUUCGCUCCGGCACCGAUAUCAACACAUGCAAUGCGAAUGGUCUGAAUGCGCUGCAUUUGGCGUCGAAAGAGGGCCAUCAGGAAGUCGUUCGCGAGCUCAUCAAACGCAAAGCGCAAGUCGACGCGGCGACACGGAAAGGAAACACGGCUCUUCAUAUCGCAUCGCUCGCCGGCCAAUCAUUAAUAGUUACAAUUCUUGUUGAGAAUGGCGCCAACGUCAACGUGCAAUCCGUCAACGGAUUCACACCGUUGUACAUGGCGGCGCAGGAGAACCAUGAAGACGUCGUGCGAUAUUUGUUGAAUCAUGGAGCGAAUCAGGCGCUCUCCACCGAGGACGGGUUCACGCCGCUGGCGGUCGCCCUUCAACAAGGCCACGAUCGCGUCGUCGCCGUGCUCCUCGAGAACGACACACGCGGCAAAGUUCGCCUACCGGCGCUUCACAUUGCCGCCAAAAAGGACGACACGAAAGCGGCGACGUUGCUGUUGCAGAGCGAACACAAUCCGGAUGUGACGUCGAAAUCCGGCUUCACACCGCUCCACAUUGCCGCACAUUACGGGCACGAGAAUGUGGCGAAGCUUCUGCUCGACAAGGGCGCCAACGUGAAUUAUCAGGCGCGGCACAAUAUUAGUCCACUUCAUGUGGCGACGAAAUGGGGACGGACGAACAUGGCGAAUUUGUUGCUCUCGCGCGGUGCCAUCAUCGAUUCGCGCACGAAAGACUUGCUGACGCCGCUUCAUUGCGCGGCGCGAUCCGGACACGAUCAGGUCGUCGAUUUGCUUGUCGUUCAGGGCGCGCCGAUAUCGGCGAAGACGAAGAACGGGCUCGCGCCGUUGCACAUGGCCGCGCAAGGCGAUCACGUCGACGCGGCAAUCACGCUUCUCUAUCAUCGCGCGCCGGUCGACGACGUCACCGUCGAUUAUCUGACGCCGCUUCACGUCGCCGCCCAUUGCGGACACGUUCGUGUGGCGAAAGCGCUACUCGAGAGGAACGCCGAUCCGAACGCGCGCGCGCUGAACGGAUUCACGCCGCUUCACAUCGCGUGCAAGAAGAAUCGAAUCAAGGUUGUUGAGCUUCUCCUCAAAUUCCGCGCUGUCAUCGAGGCGACAACGGAAUCGGGACUCACGCCGCUUCACGUCGCUUCGUUCAUGGGAGCGAUUCAGAUUGUGCUGCUCCUCCUUCAGCAAGGAGCCAAUCCGGAUGUGGAGACGGUUCGCGGCGAGACGCCGCUCCAUCUUGCGGCGCGCGCGAAUCAGACGGACGUGGUUCGAGCGCUCAUCCGAAACGGGGCCAAGGUUGACGCGCAAGCGCGCGAGCUUCAAACGCCGCUUCACAUUGCGAGCCGUCUCGGCAACACCGACAUUGUGGUGAUGUUGCUGCAAGCGGGCGCCAACUCGAACUCGGCGACACGCGACUUGUACACGCCGCUUCACAUCGCGGCGAAAGAGGGCCAAGAAGAAGUGGCGGCAAUUCUGCUCGAUCACAAAGCCGACAAAUCGCUGCUCACCAAGAAGGGCUUCACGCCGCUUCAUUUGGCGAGCAAAUACGGCAAUCUCGACGUCGUCAAAUUGCUACUGGAGCGGGGCACUCCGGUCGAUAUUGAGGGCAAGAAUCAGGUGACGCCGCUUCACGUCGCCGCGCAUUAUAACAACGAUAAGGUCGCAAUGCUUUUGCUGGAAAAUGGGGCUUCCGCGAAGGCAGCGGCGAAGAACGGCUACACGCCGCUUCAUAUUGCGGCCAAGAAGAAUCAAAUGGAGAUCGCUUCGACGCUUCUCCAAUACAAGGCUGAUCCGAACGCAACGUCGCGCGCCGGAUUCACGCCACUUCAUUUGGCGGCGCAAGAGGGACAUCGUGAGAUUUCGGGGCUUCUCAUCGAAAAUGGUUCGGAUGUUGCCGCCAAGGCGAACAACGGUCUGACGGCGAUGCAUUUGUGCGCGCAAGAGGAUCGUGUGCCGGUCGCGCAGAUUCUCUAUGACAAUGGGGCCGAGAUCAAUUGCAAGACGAACGCCGGCUACACGCCGCUUCACGUCGCGUGCCAUUUCGGCCAACUCAACAUGGUCAAAUUUCUCGUCGAACAUGGGGCUGAUGUUGGCGAGAAGACGCGCGCCUCGUACACGCCACUUCAUCAGGCCGCCCAACAGGGCCACAACAACUGCGUUCGCUAUCUUUUGGAGCACGGGGCGUCUCCGAACGAGCAGACAGCGAACGGUCAAACGCCACUAUCGAUUGCCCAACGACUCGGCUAUGUCAGUGUUGUUGAGACGUUGCGAACGGUGACUGAGACGACGGUGAUCACCGAGACGACGACGAUCGACGAGCGCUACAAACCGCAAAAUCCGGAGGCGAUGAACGAGACGAUGUUCUCCGAAUCGGAGGACGAGGGUCAAGCGGCCGAGCACGAGGCGGCGGCGGCGCACGAGAAGGACUUUAGCGACAAUUUGACGCAGGCGCUUCAGGACUCGACGGGCGUUCAUAUGAUUCACACCGGCGAGCAGCUCCUCCAACGCAGUCAAGAGCUCGAGAACGGCGGCGCGAUACCGACGGUGAACGCUGGCGGAAUUGCGCGAUUGUCGCCGGACAAGGAGCAGCAGCAGCAGCGAUUCGCGAAAAUCGCGCCGCUUGCGGCCGCGCCGCGCACAUCGACAACCGACGCCAACGCCGACAACAACAUCGAGGAGUUGAUACGCAAAGCGCAAGCGCAUCCGGUGCACUACGACAAUUCGACGAUGAUGGACCAUCAUCAUUCGACGCAUCCCGAUAAUGUGCCGAUUGGAAAUCAUGUCACGCAGCCAAGUAAACUUCAACAUAGAACCUUCUUGAUAUCGUUCCUUGUGGACGCGCGUGGUGGCGCGAUGCGUGGAUGCCGACAUUCGGGAGUUCGGAUAAUUGUGCCGCCGCGAAAAGCCUCGCAGCCGAUUCGAGUCACAUGUCGGUAUUUGAGAAAGGAUAAGCUCGCCCAUCCGCCACCAUUGAGCGAGGGCGAAGAAUUGGCGUCGCGAAUUUUGGAGAUGGCGCCGGCCGGUGCGAAAUUCUUGGGACCCGUCAUUUUGGAGGUGCCGCAUUUCGCGUCGCUUCGCGAUCGCGAACGUGAAAUUGUGAUAUUGCGAUCCGACGACGGACAACAUUGGAAGGAGCAUCAAUUGGAGGCCACCGAAGACGCCGUUCAGGAAGUGCUCAAUGAAUCGUUCGACGCUGAAGAUCUUGCGCAACUCGACGACCUUCAUACGCCGCGAAUCACGCGCAUCCUCACCAAUGACUUCCCGAUGUACUUUGCGGUUGUUACGAGGGUACGGCAGGAGGUGCAUUGCGUUGGUCCGGAAGGUGGAGUCAUCAUCUCUUCGGUGGUGCCGAGAGUUCAGGCGAUCUUCCCCGACGGCUCGCUGACGAAAACGAUCAAGGUGUCGGUGCAAGCGCAGCCGGUGCCGCAGGAAAUGGUGACGAGGCUUCAUGGAAAUCGUGUGGCGGUCUCGCCGAUUGUUACGGUUGAGCCGAGGCGGCGCAAGUUCCACAAACCGAUCACUCUUUGCAUUCCGUUGCCGCAGAGUAACAAUAAGGCGAUGCUGACUCAAUACUCUGGACAACAGGGCCAAGAGCCACCAACACUGCGAUUGUUGUGCUCGAUCACCGGCGGUUCGGCGCCAGCCCAAUGGGAGGACAUCACCGGAACGACGCAGUUGACGUUCACCGGCGACGAGGUGUCGUUCACGACGACGGUCUCGGCGCGAUUCUGGCUAAUGGACUGUCAGACGCCGCGAGACGCCGCGCGAAUGGCUCAAGAGGUCUACAAUGAGGCCAUCUCGAUUCCGUACAUGGCGAAGUUCGCGGUGUUCGCGCGAAGGACGUUCCCGAUUGAGGGCCAACUCCGCGUGUUCUGCAUGACCGACGACAAGGAGGACAAGACGCUCGAGAAGCAAGAGCACUUCAAAUUGAUUGCCAAAUCGAGAGACGUCGAGGUGUUGAAGGGCAAACAUCAAUUCCUUGAGUUUGCCGGCAACUUGGUGCCGAUCACGAAGAGCGGCGAUCAGCUGAGCCUCUUCUUCUUGCCGUUCCAGGAGAAUCGAUUGGCGUUCAUGGUGAAGACGAGGAACAAGGACGACGCCGAAGCGGCGACGGAAGGACGAAUCGCGUUCAUGGCCGAGCCGAAGGUUCGCGCCGAAUCGCUGCCGCCGCAACAGCCGAUUUGCACGCUGGCCAUCUCGCUUCCCGAAUACACCGGCGAGGUGAAGCCGAUUGGAAGUGCGAAGAAGGACACGACGCCGUUCGAGCAGAAGUACCAAGUUGCGCUCGACAAGGAGCUUCCCGAAUUUGUUCAUCAGAACGUGCUCAAAGGCGUUGGAGCCGAUUGGCCGCGACUCGGACGCGCGCUUGAGGUUCCGCAUCGCGAUAUUCAACACAUUCGUCAUCACUAUCCGGGACAAGAAUGCAAGAACACCUUGAAAAUCUGGAUCCAUUUGAAGAAGGAAGACGCGACGCCGGAGAAUCUCGAUCAGGCAUUGAAGCAGAUUGGUCGCGACGACAUCGUGAGGAGUAUUGCGUUUGGCGAGCCGGAGGCUCUCAUCAACUACGGCGCUGAUUCGCCGAGUCAGAAGCGCGAUCCGAUCAAACAAUUCGCCACCGAGCCGAUCAAGUUUGACUUGAAGCGAGAGGUGAGGACGGAGGAGAUCGUCAAACCUGAGCCGACGCGCGAGCCUGAGACAGCUUAUGCUCCAGCUCCAGCUCAGUACAGUCCGGUGGCGGAGGAGACGGAACAAGAAGUUGCCGAAGAUGAAGCUCCGGUAUCGGAAUUGAGGACGGUUGUGAGAACUGAACGACACGUUCAUGACACCGAAGAAGGUCCGAUUGUGGAAGAAAGAACGAUAACGACGACGUACGAGGAUGAUGUGGCGGUUAAUGAGAAUAUUGUUGAUCGACGAGUGCCGCUGAAUGAGGAAGAGCAAAAGAAAUGGGACGAGCUCAAUCGGCUAGCUGAAGAAGCUCAACCGCGAGCGUCUUCUGACCAUCUGCCAGACGACGUUGAGCAAACGGUACAACGCGAGCAGCACGUUGAAAGCGACGGCACCGUUGUGACGACGACGACGACAACGAGUCACAUCACCGGUAAGUAUGACGAUCAUGACACCCGAACCCAUUCAAUCCAACCUCUUCUAACCCCCGCUGUCACCUUCCAUUUCCAGAAGACGUCACGUCACCCUCACCGAUUCGCGAAGAAGAGAAUGAAGAAGGUACUAAUUGAUGAGCACCGCACCAGAAUUGUCCUGUUUCUUGAAAAAAAAGCCAAAUAA